UCGCACACAGAGAAAUGUCAAGACCAUGUUUACUGAACAAUAUCCCGGAUACGCCUGCGUCGCCCAAUGCAAAUGAGUUUUUACAUGUGACACUAGAUUAAAAAGGAAAGAAGAGGAACAGAACAUUAAAAAAGGGGGUGUCAUCGACUUUAGUAGCUUUACCGAGUCUAAGAGAAGAUGUUCAUCUCCAACAUCAGGAUUUAUAAACCCAGGAUUUGAAGAGAACGCAAGUACAAUUUUAGAAGAUUCAGAUAGGAAGGAAAGAAGUUAUGAAGAGGCUACUAAGUGUGUUUGUAUGUGUGGUGGCGAUGUUGCUUCUAACAGUCUGGGCAAACAGGACAGGUCUCUAUUGGGCCGUUGGAGGUGAGGUUGGUGGAUGGCAUAUCUAGGAGAGAAGGUCGUCUAGAGGUCAGGAGAAGCAACGGUACCUGGGGCACAGUGUGUGAUGAUUUCUGGACAUCUGCAGCCUCCAAUAUCGUCUGCAAGCAGCUGGGCCUCGGACAACAGGGACAGGCGGUGGGUGUGGAACUAUACGGUGAGGGCACGGAGUCAAUAUGGCUGGAUGAUGUUAACUGCACGGGCUCGGAGUCCAACCUGGGUCAGUGUACCUCCGUGCCGUGGGGCGACAGCAACUGUAACCACGACGAAGACGUAGGAAUCAUUUGUUCCGGGCCUCUACCUAUAGCUGCAACGUUGGAGGUGAGGCUGGUGGGUGGUGCAACUGAGAGAGAAGGUCGUCUAGAGGUGAGAAGAAACGAUAGUACCUGGGGCACAGUGUGUGAUGAUUUGUGGACCACUGCAGCCUCAAGUGUCGUCUGCAGGCAGCUGGGCCUCGGAGAACUGGCACAGGCGGUGAGUGUGACACAAUACGGUGAGGGCACGGGGUCAAUAUGGCUGGAUGAUGUUACCUGUCUGAAGGCUCUGAAUCCAACCUGGGUCAGUGUAGCUCCCAGCCGUGGGGCAGGCACAACUGUAGCCACAACGAAGACGUAGGAAUCGUGUGUUACGAGUUUCCAGGUUCGGUGGACCAGAGACAGUUCAGUUAUAUGGCAGCGUCUGGGUCAAUGGCCUGAACUGCACAGGGAAUGAAACUAGUCUUGAGCAAUGUGUCGUCGGACCCUGGGACAAACUGGAAACUGUCAGAGACCGGCCCGUGUUCUGUGCUCCUCCACAUCUGCCCCCGAGGUAAGACUGGCCGGCGGAGGCUCCAGCUACGGCCGAGUGGAGAUCUUGAUGGACGGACAAACCUACUCCGUGUGUGACAACGGCUGGAAUGCGAGCGCAGCUACAGUUGUCUGCAGACUCCUGGGCUACCAGUCCGGACAACCUGCUCGGAGAUCUUACUACGGCGCGGGCACAGGUCAAGUGGCGCUGGACAGAGUCGCCUGUAGGACCUCGGACACCAGUCUGCUGGCCUGUCGGAGCAGUGGAUGGCUGGAGACAGAGGCAGCGUGCGGUGACCACAGCAAGGACGCGGGGGUCAUCUGCUUUGAUAAAGUUCAGUUGAUCGGAGGAGAUCAUUCCACAGGGAUACUUCUGGUCAACAUUGAUAUGACUACGUAUGUUCUAUGUGAUCUGGGAUUGGCACACUACACCAUUAGUACUGCUUGUUGGGAGCUGGGGUUCGAACACGGAUAUGCUUUGAGAUCAGGAGCUUUUGGACUUUACGAUGCCUCCUAUCCGCUCCGUACCAUUGACUGCCUCAGGGGUAUGAGAACCAUUUCAUCGUGUUUGGAUUUCCCAAUCGUCUGUAACAGUGCAAGCAGAUUCAACUAUGCCUCUAUAUACUGCUUCAACGGCUCUCGCAGCUCUGAUUUCUCGGUUUCAUUGCACGCUAGUCAAGGGCUUCUCGGCAACUCCUCCGGCCGACUCGUGGUCAGUCAAGGCGGUGUUCGAGGCAGAGUGUGUCCAGACAACUGGGAUGACGUAGACGCCGGCGUGGUCUGUAGACAACUGGGGUACCGUGGUGGUGUGGCACAGGCUGUCUGGGACGCAGGCACUGGUCCAUACCUGCUUGUCAACGUGGCUUGUACAGGUGUCGAGACGUCCAUCUUUAGUUGCCAAAGCAGCGGAGUGUGUUUUCACUCUUACGAAAACCCACUUGAUGUCGGUGUUGCGUGCUUCAACGACACCUUAAUCGCAGUACAGCUUGUAGGAGGGACAUCGAACAAGGAGGGUCUGGUGCAAGUGGUGUACGGCAGCCAGGUGGGUACAGUGUGUGUACCCGACACCUACAACCGUGAUAACGCCGCCAGGGUGGUGUGUAUACAGGUCGGCUACAAGGACGGCAAGUUUAGAACAUUUCCAAGAGGUACAGGGACUGUGUCCAUGUCUGAGGUCAUCUGUGAUGGGUACGAGAGAAGUGUUUUCAUGUGUCGUAGUAGGGGCUUGUUUGUCCCUCCGUCAGACAGAUGUGCCAACCAUGACUUCGACCUCGGUGUGCGCUGUUCAGAUGGUGUGCGUCUAGCCUAUUCUAUCGACAACACCAACAACUCCAUCACUGGCGUGGUGCAGAUUAACCGGGGAUCAGGCUGGAUUGACAUCUGCAAUGAUUUCUUCGACGACUUGGACGCACAAGUCGUGUGCCGGAGCCAAGGUUACCCGUACUCACGUGUCCUGCCCAGGGGCUCGAUGUACGGAUACAACUUUUAUGUCACAGCCCUGAACUGCAAUGGCACAGAGGCCUCCCUCUUAGACUGCCCUGAACAACAGAACAUCACCUGCCCAUUCGGAAACGGUGAUAUAUACGCUACAGUUUUUUGUAGUGAAACUCCGGUGGAGCGAGGCCUACAAGCCGCCCCAAUGGCAGUGGGUGGACAUGUUGUUGUCAUGGCGGACGGAGUCAAGUCUUAUGUCUGUCGUGACAACUGGGACGAUGCUGCUGCCUCUGUGUACUGCAAGGACCUGGGCUACAACAACGGCGUGGCCAUCUACCAGAUUACUGUGUUCAUCUCCCGGGGUGUCGCCGCCUACUUCGUCAACAGCAUCCAUUGCACUGGCAACGAGACCUCUCUCAGUGAAUGUUCCUUCUCCUCCAACUGGUCCACUUGUGUCACGAGCUACCAGGGUGCUGCCCAGGCUCUGUGCUACAACUACACAAGGGGCCGCCAGCUCCGGUUGACUGGAGGUACCAUCAGUAGGGCAGGGCAAGUGGAGGUCGGUUUCAACGGUGUGUGGGGCACAGUCUGUGACAACGACUUCACCAACUAUGACGCCACGGCGGUGUGCCUCACUCUGGGCUAUUUUGGCGGUGUCACUACGGACAACAGCAGCAUCAGCAGCAGGGACCAAAGCCAAACAGGUCCUUUCUACCUGUAUGGCCUCAGUUGCAGUGGUUCAGAGACUAGUCUAUGGCAAUGUCCUGUUAGCAACUUCAGCGUCAGCUCCAACAUCUGUUCGUCCCCAUCCUACAUCCCACGAGUGAGGUGCAUGGGUCAAAGUGAAGUGAAACUAGUUGAGAAUGCGGGGUACGGGGCUGUACAGGUGCCCAUCAACACCACGUCCAGGACAUACGGGCUGGUCUGCGAUGACAACUUCACGGACCGCGAGGCCAGCGUGGCCUGCCGUGACCUCGGCUACCCGUACGGCAUCCACCUGUGCUGCUCGGCGUUCGGGUAUAAGUCCCUGCCUAUCGUCCGGUCCGGUGUCAGGUGUACAGGUACCGAGGCUCUGUUCAGCGACUGUUAUUACGACACAAGGACAUACUGCCUGUCUGGAAAAUAUGCCUCCAUUGUGUGCUCCAACAUUCCACCCGGCAGGGGUUACACAGUCCAGAUAGACACCGUGUCAAGAGGAUCGUAUGGACGGGUCAAAGUGCAGCACAUGGACUACUGGGGCUUCGUGUGUCCAAACGGCUUCGACCACAACGACGCCAACGUCAUCUGUAGAGAGGCCGGCUACACUGGGGGUUGGGCUGUGGUGGACAAGUCCUACUACGACAGCUCCUCGCUCCGCUGGCUGUCCAACAUUGACUGCGACGGCAGCGAGUCUCACCUCACCCGGUGCCGGAACCUCGUCUUUGGAAACGUCAGCGACUGCGGCAACACCGGAAUCGCCGCCGUCUACUGCAACAGAGAGGCUGACACCCAGUUCCGUCUGGUUAACGGCACACAGACGACGGGUCGAGUGGAGGUGUCGAUUGACUAUGGCAACAGCGGUUCGAUAUGCAGCGCGGGUUGGACCGACGUGGAGGCCGCCGUGGCUUGCAAGAGUAUGGGGUUCAGAUCUGGACGGUUCCUUGGCGCAGGCAUCUACGGGCAGGGUUCAAGUUACUUGCUGUUCACUCGCGUAGACUGCACUCGAGUGGCAUCCUCUCAAUCCUUGCUGGACUGCGAUCUGUCACUCAGAGACCUCGAUAAUUUACGUACACCCUGCUUGAAUUCUACUUCUGGUCCUGCAGUGCAGUGUUUUGAGCAUCCAGUCCGAUUAACGGGGACAAGACAAGAGAAUUACGGGCGAGUUGAAGUCUACGUCAACAACAACUGGACAGCCGUGUGUGACCAGGGCUUUGACCAGACGGCGGCACAGGUGGCCUGCAGGGCCCUGGGACUCUUGUACGCGCGCCCUCAGUGUUGUUCCGCUCUUGGACCGCUGGGUACGGGCCCAGUCGAUGCCAGACAAAUCGGCUUCAAGGUGAACAGAUGCCGGGGUGAUGAGGCUACACUAGUUGACUGCGAUGUCAGCCCAUCAGUUGUCUGCCCUUCUGGAAAAUACGCCAGCCUCCUGUGUUCUAAUACUUCACUCCAAGAACAGACACUGACCGUGCGACUUGCUGGACCAGGAGGCUACUACGGCAUGGUGGAGGUCAACCGUUACGGACUGUGGGGCCCGGUGUGUAACAGAAACUGGGACGAUCGUGACGCUAACGCCACCUGCCGGGGUCUUGGGUACAGUCAUGGCGUCACCUUCUUCGGUAAUAACAUCACGGAAACCCCCAUUCUCGUCGGCGACUUCCAGUGCUCAGGGCAGGAGACCUCGCUUGCAGGGUGCUCCUUUAAGGACAGCAGCGACGAUAUUGGCUGUUCGGAGAGACGGGUGGUUGCUGGGGUCCUCUGUUCCCGCAAUGGUGACAUCAAACUGCGGCUCACGGAUGGCGGACGCAACUAUGGCCGCCUGGAGGUCAUGUAUGAGGGUCAGUGGGGUCGGGUUACUGGCAGCUACAACAAUAUUGGCGGACGCAACUAUGGCCUGGAGGUCAUGUGGGGUCGGGUUACUGUCAGCUACAACAAUAUUGCUGACGUUGCCUGCAGACAUCUUGGAUUCGUGGGUGGGAAAACCGCUCCCGAGUACAUGCGAAGAGAUACCGUUACAGGCCAGAUCUGGAUGCGUAACAUCUACUGCAAGGGAGAUGAGCAAAGUCUGUUUGAAUGUUCGAAUCGUUGGAAUUACAGUACGGGGAGUGGCAAGGAUGAAUACGUCAUCUGCUACAACACCACACGUAUAUUUUCCGGAAAUUCUCUAUCUGCGGGAACGGUGGAGAUCUACUACAACAAACGCUGGGGGUCUAUCUGUGAUGACGGCUGGAGUGAAGAGGACACCGGUAAGUAGCACAUCCCCAUGUCAUGUGAUGACACCACCGCAGUCUCGUGAUCUGGAUUAGUGAUGAAAGUGAUGCUCCUUCGCCUUACCGGCCUGAGGGGGCUAGCUCUUUGUAUUUGUGGUUGUGUCUGUUGAACUGUUGUGAGUUUCGUGUCUGUUAUUUGACACACGCUUAACUGUCCUGUUCAACGAUCUAACUGCCUGCGGCCUUUUUGGUUCCAUCUACGGAUUUCUGUGUUCCCAUCGACUGCCAGCAUCCUCUAUCUUGCCGCCAUGGUUGACUGGAAUAAGCAAGGCCACUGCCAACUGACUAUCCUGCUUCACAACUGCCGCAAGUAUUUUGUGAUUAGUUCGCUAGCAAGAUACCAGACAUUCGAUCAUCCUUAUACUAGAUGUC